GUCGGACCCAAAAAAUCACCAUACAUCAUUCAACACCUCGCUAGCAUAGCGAGUAAUCCUAUGGCUCGUAAAAUUCAUCAAUCUCGAGGAACCAUCAAGGACUAUCGAACUGGAGAAAGUUCCGCUCAACGGCAGAAUUCUGGUUAAGACUGCUGCUCUCUUUCGAUCCACGCAAGGGCUACACGAUCUGCGCAGUGGAUCCGCCAUCCUAUGUUUCAAGCUCGCAUAUACUGUAGAUGACUGGCAUUGGCAUCGGUGCCAUAAACUCGUCUGCAAAUCUAACGACGUACAUAAUUUGGCGACUACGUUUCCCUUCACCAAGACAACAUUGUAAUCUCGUCCCAGAAAUGAUGCGAGAGACGUCGAUCAACGACCCACUCCCGAACAUCGCCUGGCAAUGUCAGUCGCACCACCAGGGAUGACUAGUGAAUUGGACGAUUGAGUUGUCGAAUCUCCAGGCCUGACGCGGCUGUCCGUCCUAGGCCAGACGGCAUUUUGCGUCCGGAGGGCAUGCUCCCAUGGCAAGCCGGGUCAAUUCAACUUCCUCUAUAUCGGGGGUCGGUUCAGCCGGGUCUCUAAUCGUACAGCUCGCAAAGCACGACCGCCUGGAGGUUAACGUCCCCGCUGUUGCAGACCGCAAGGUUCUGUUCGCUCAGAGAUGCUGGCGUCCCGUUCAACUGCAAUAUGACGGACGUCAGGACUGGGUAGAACGAUGUAGGAGGGAUGAACAAGUGUCUCUCCUCCUGUAUCAUUUCAUCUCGAAGAUUGAAUGUGUCAUAGAUAGCUGGGACAGCGUCGAUGGUGAUAUGACUGAUGCGCUCAUGAGUGUCAACGCACAUGCUCGUCUCAUGGCGUGCAGACACAUCGGUUUGUUUACUACUGCCAUCGAGCCCGGGCCAUCAAGGUGCUGAGUGUCAUCCGCUCUUUCCUGCGAUGUCAAUUUCCUUCAAGAACGUCAACUGAAGGGAGACAAUACGGGGAAGGCAGUCGCACCGGAGAACCAGUCCGCUUGAGUCAAGCUUGAGUGGCAUUGUAGGCGCUUGGGUUGGUCAUCGUUGAUGACUUAUCUGUAACUCAGAUCAUUGGACUGGCGGUCUAUUGCUCACCUCAGCGAUCGCCGGACCAGCAAGAGAUUGAGCACAAUCUACGUCAGCAUCUUCGCGCGUCUUGUUCAGCGGACCUCAAGCGUUACUGGCAGUGCGAUUUUCGUGCUGCCAGCAUCUUAGGUCCUCUGUUACAUCUUGCAGAUGUCUUCCACUCCACUCGUCUUCUCUAUUCCCCCGAAAGCGGGGAACACCUCUGACGCAAGGAACACCUCGCAUCCCCAGGUCAUCGUCCUGCUCCCAUGGUUGGAUGCCAAAGCAUCGCAUCUCAAGUAUUACACGUCGAAAUACGCGUCCCUUUAUCCGAGCGCGACGCAGAUUGUCAUCCAGUCUGACUACAAGGCUCUCAUUGGUGGUACAGCUUUCAACGCUGAACGGCUUGCGCCCGCUGUCGAAAUCUUGACUCAGCUCGGUGUGCUGAGUGCUGCUCCCCCACCCAUCUUAUUCCACGCCAUGUCCGGAGGUGGAGUAGCCCAGGUUCUCCACCUCGCCAUCGCCAUCCGCCGACAGCAUCUCCCAAAUGUCCCGCCCUCGCAUAAAGUGCCCGUCGCCUUCGUCUUCGAUUCAGGACCGAGCACAUACUACGGCUCUGACCUCCGCAACGCCAUGACGAUGACCUACCCACCCGGCGUGCAGAAGGCCGCCGUUUUCAUGACGGCGCAGCUCCUCUGGACUGAUUUGUGUGCUCGCGCUGCCCUGGGUCUGGCUGAACUUCCGCAGGACGUGGUUCUGCCCGGGGUACUCAAUCCAACUUUAUUUCCGUGGACGGAACGUGCGACACCGCGGCUGUAUGUCUUUUCGGAUACCGACGCCAUGUCCUUGGUGCCGGGUGUGCGAGCCCACGUGCAAGAGGCGAGGGAGCGCGGGCUCAAUGUGUCGGUGGAGGAAUUCAAAGGCAGUCGGCAUGUUGGCCAUGCGUUUGCUGACCCGAAGCGAUACUGGGGUGCGGUCCAACGGGUUUGGGACGAAGCAGUGAUCGUGAAAGGUCAAAGCAAGUUGUAAUUGAUUGUAGAUAAAUCAGAUCAGGAGAUUAGAUUCUAUCAACAUGGGAUGCCUCUCAGUACAGGAAGUACUUCGCCGUGUACCUGACCGAGAUGUUGGCUGAACCAGGAGUGCACUAGGAAUAUCAACACGUUAAUCAAUGCCAUUCAAGUCUGGAGAAGCCUCUGAAAGCUCACGGAAGUGGGAGGUUGGCCACCAAC